UUGUAGACUGGCCUUCCUUCUUGGAUUUUUUUUUUUUCCCUCUGUGAAUUCAUCGUGACUCGUUGCGGUAUAAGAAACAACUCUCCCUGUGACUCGGUCACUGCUUCCGUCGUCACCAAUAUUGCACAUUGGUUUUGUUUCGAUCCAUUUUGGCUUAUGGGCUUUUAUUUGUUGUGCAAUUAUUAGGCAAUCGUAAUCGUUAUUUUUCCGAUUUUACUCUGUGCUUUGUUUAAGCGGUUUACUUGGGGGGGACGUGGAGUUAGAUAGUAGAGGAGACUAAACCUUGUUUUAUGGUUUUUCUUUUGUGUAUAUAUGUUUUUGCUGGUUUUGCUUUCUGGGUUGUUGUUACUGUAACACUACUGACCCGAUCAUCGUUAAUUUAUGUUUUUUUUUUUUUAAUAAAUAGAGGAUGUUGUAGAAUCCAAUUUUUGUAUUGUUAUUUUAAGAUGAGUGCAACAUAUGUUGGUUUUGAUCUUUAAAAUCAUAGUUUGGUAGUUUGUGUUGUGUUUAAUUUCAUGUGAUUCUCUAAAGCACGUCCUGGGAAAAGUUUUAUGACAAGUAUCAUAUGUAUUGUUUAAUCAUAGGUUAAGGAUUAAAUUAUGAUAUAUGAACAUUGGAGUUGAAUACGUUAAUGAUUCUUAAAUAUUGUAGAUAUUCUCAAAUAUGGUCUCUAGUGCUCUAACCCUGACCUUUAUAUAAGCGAUGUAUAACAGCAUGAGAUAUCAACUCCAGUUGUUGGGAUAAUUGCUCAUUGAGUAGGCAUGGUGUGUGUAUCGCAUCCCUGGUUAGAUGGACAUAGAGGUGUCGCUACCUUAAGAAAAGACUUGAAUCGGUGCUAUUGCAUCAGCUCGGCGCAGUGCAUUCACAGUUCAUGUGAAAAAUGAGCAUCAUUUCUAUUGCCGAUGAAGGGCUUCAGUCAUCGAGCCGAGUAUGGGCAACAGGGUUUUCCUAGAAGCAUCAUCCACUUUCGAACUCCUAUAAGACACUCACCUAAAAUAUUUUCAUGGGGAAAUCAAUACUUAUUUUUUAUUUAUUUUUAAUCUGGCGGCGGGUUUUUGUUGGUUCGACUAAUUGCAAGGUCUUUUUGUCUUUACUUGACCGAAGCUACAAAGUAACUAGAUUAUUACUCGAGAUAGAUGGAUUUAAAUUUAGUUUGUGAUGGACGCUUUCAAUAAAAUACUGCAGAAGUGUUUUAAUCUCUCUUGAAAAUUAAAUAAUUCUGCUGUUUUAAGAGUAGGGUAUAGAGACGAAGCAAAUGUCAUUGUUCAUAACAUUGAAAUCAACUUCUGUUUUCCUCUACACUUUUGAGCAGUUUGUCUAGGACUUUGGUGAAUAUAUUAAAAUUGUACUCUGUUUUACCUUUCUCCUUAGAUGCAUUUAUUGAUUACUUUUAUGCUCUCAAUUUCUGAAGGAAAGUUCCACAAAUUUUCUUUCGUUCAUUGAUGUUGUAAAUAUUCAUCUAGUCAAAGCUCCAGAUUUCAUAGUGGCGAAUUCUUGGAGAUUUUGCCUCUCUUAUGCACCUAAACUGUGAGCUAUGUUGACUGUUAUUUAAAGGGACGCGACAUAUUUGCAAUGGUUCAAGAUACUUCUAGUGGUGAUUCACAUCAGUGUCGGCCAGUCCAGUUAAAAGAACAAGUCUGUUUGGUUAAGAGAAAGGACUGUGAUCGAUAUGAGAUUGAUCCCAUUCAAGAUCCUCUGUCAUUUGAGAAGGGCUUCUUUAUAGUAAUCCGUGCAUGCCAAUUGUUAGCACAAAAGAAUGAUGGAAUAAUAUUGGUAGGCUUGGCUGGUCCUUCUGGGGCUGGAAAGACUGUUUUAACAGAAAAGAUACUCAAUUUUAUGCCCAGUGUUGCUGUUAUUUCAAUGGACAACUACAAUGAUUCUAGUCGAAUUGUUGAUGGAAAUUUUGACGAUCCACGCUUGACUGACUAUGACACCUUGCUCCAGAAUGUCCAUGAUUUAAAGGCAGAUAAGCAGGUCCAGGUUCCAAUUUAUGAUUUCAAGUCUAGCUGCCGCACAGGAUACAGGACACUUGAAGUGCCAAGCUCCCACAUUGUGAUCAUUGAGGGCAUCUAUGCUUUAAGUGAAAAAUUAAGACCUCUACUGGACCUUCGUGUGUCUGUAACAGGUGGAGUUCACUUUGACCUUGUCAAACGGGUUUUGCGGGACAUACACCGUGCUGGCCAACAACCCGAAGAAAUAAUUCAGCAAAUAUCUGAAACGGUUUAUCCAAUGUACAAGGCCUUUAUCGAGCCAGAUCUCCAAACUGCCCAUAUAAGAAUCACCAACAAGUUCAAUCCAUUUAAUGGAUUUCAGACUCCUACUUAUAUUCUAAAGUCUGCAAGGAAAGUGACGGUGGAACAAGUCAAGGCUAUUUUCACUGAAUAUCAUACAGAAACAAUGGAGCAGACUUAUGACAUAUAUCUUUUACCACCUGGUGAAGAUCCCGAAUCUUGCCAAUCAUAUUUAAGGAUGCGGAAUAAAGAUGGAAGAUACAGUCUCAUGUUUGAGGAAUGGGUGACAGAUAAUCCAUUUGUCAUAUCACCAAGAAUAACUUUUGGGGUUAGUGUGCGUCUUCUUGGUGGCCUAAUGGCCUUGGGAUACACGAUGGCAGCCAUCCUUAAAAGAAGCAGCCAUGUAUUCUCUGAUGACAGGGUCUCUGUAAAAAUUGAUUGGUUGGAGCAACUAAAUCGCCAUUAUGUUCAGGUACAAGGAAAGGAUCGGUUAGUUGUAAAAUGUGUUUCUGACCAGCUGGGACUGGAAGGUUCAUAUAUUCCUCGGACCUAUAUUGAACAAAUUCAACUGGAAAAGCUUGUAAAUGAGGUCAUGGCUCUGCCAGAAGACUUAAAGAUGAAGCUCAGCUUAGAUGAGGAUCUGGUUUCAAGCCCCAAAGAGGCUCUUUCUAGAGCCUCUGCAGAUAGAGUGACCAUGAGAAAUAAGCAUCUUAAGAGUGGUAUGUCUCAUUCAUAUUCAACCCAAAGUGACAAGAUUCUGGCCAAGCUUACUGGAUACACUGCCAAAAGUAGACGGUUUGAUGACAGAAACUCAGAAUCCCCCGCAACUCUUGCAAACCAGGGCACCGUUACUCAGCUUUCAGAACAAAUUUUCUCUCUGAAUGAUAGAAUGGAUGAAUUUACAAAUUGUAUUGAAGAGCUGAAUUCCAAGUUGACCAUCAAGAAAAAUUCUCCCAGUCAACAAAAAAUGUCUAUUCAAGCUGAUGCCUGCAAUGGCUCUGCUCCCACUUCUUACUUCAUCUCUAGUUUAGGCAAUGGUUCGUUGACUGGGUCCAUAAUGCCCAAUUCAUCAUCCUCAUCCCAGUUGUCUAAAGAGUCUCCUUUGAUGGAAGAGAUAUCAGGUAUUGCCCGGGGACAACGUCAACUCAUGCAUCAGUUGGACAAUCUUAACAAUAUUCUCCGCGAGAUUUUGGGAGAGAGGUCUCGCCAAGUAAGAACAAACCCGAAAGGAAUUGUGGUUGAUUUUGAACCGGUUGCAGUUCCUAUUAUGUUAUCCCUAGCAAUUGGUAGUAUAGGAAUCGUCUUGUUCAAGGGAUUUUUAACUCGAAACUGAUUCUAACCGAGUAGGGUUUUACAAUUUACUGUAUUGUUUCACUUUUUAUUUUAUUAUUCCAUUUUUCUUGUUUUCCCUUCUUGCAAUACCCUUCUGUAUGGGAAAGACAGCAGUUGAGUUAACGAUGAUUGAUAGUGGUUAAACCACGGUGUUCCUCCGCCAUAAGUGAGGCUUUCAGUAAUAAAAUUAGGGGUUAUUGACC